UUGGGAAUCAACGUCAAUAUCCUCGCCCCUCGCCCCUGGACAUAGUUGCAGAUGUUAUCUCUUUGCACUUGCAGAUAGCAAAUUUGAAUUGAUUUUUCUUCUUUUUGUUUCAAAUAUUCUCAACAAUGGAGGGUACCCUUUUCCCCAACAAGCCAAUAUUGCCACUUCAAUCAACAAAGCCGCCGAAACCGGCACCUCCUCUGCCCUCCUCCAACCAGCGCUUGAAAUUAAACACCACAACGCUUCCUCUCCCUCCUCUCCAUCUCCACAACUUCCCUUCUCCUCAACCCUCUUUCCCUCUCGACUCUCUUCUUCAGCACCUAAACGGCACUUCACAAGAUGCUCAUUCGCAGAAACGGAUUGCAAUUCCGAGAACUAGUCAGGAUCCCACGGUUGAGGAUGAUGAUAGUGAUGAUGGGUCGCUUGAUUUUCUCCCAGAGAAUUGUAAGUCAAUGCUCAAUUCAAUUCUCCAACAGCCCUUGUCCGCGUUGCGUGCAUUUCUUGGUUCCGUGAAAUUUGAGUUGCUUGAAAUGGAUUUGAUGAGUUUACUGAAAGGGUUGGACGUUUGGGGCAACUGGGAAAGGGCCAUCUUGUUGUUUGAAUGGGUUGUUAUGAAUUCCAAUGCUGAAAGUGAAAAGCUAGAUAGUCAGGUUAUUGAAUAUAUGGUUAGGGUUUUGGGGAGAGAAUCCCAGCACUUGUUAGCCUCCAAUCUGUUUGAUGUUAUUCCACUUGAGGAUCACUCACUGGAUAUUAGAGCUUGGACCACUGUUCUUCAUGCUUACUCUCGUAGUGCCAAGUAUGAUAAGGCAAUUGCAUUGUAUGAAUAUAUUAAGGAGAGAGGUUUAUCCCCUAAUUUAGUCAUGUACAAUGUUAUGCUGGAUGUUUAUGGUAGGAAGGGUAGGUCUUGGGAUAUGAUAUUGUGCCUUCUAGAUGAGAUGAGGAGCAAUGGGCUUGAGUUUGAUGAGUUCACUUGCAGCACGGUUAUAUCUGCGUGUGCUAGGGAAGGGUUGUUUGAAGAAGCCAAGAAGUUUUUUGAUGGAUUGAAGUCGCAGGGCUAUGUUCCGGGGACAGUUGCUUACAAUUCCUUGCUUCAAGUUUACGGGAAGAUGGGGGCGUACUCUGAGGCUGUGAGUGUGCUUGAAGAAAUGGAGGAAAACAAUUGCCCUCCUGAUUCGGUGACAUAUAAUGAGCUUGUGGGUGCUUAUGUGAGGGCAGGUUUCCAUGAAGAAGGUGCUGCGCUUAUAGAAACUAUGACUCGGAAGGGUUUAAAGCCAAACGCCAUCACUUAUACCACAUUGAUAGAUGCUUAUGGUAAAGCUGGGAAAGAGGGCAAGGCUUUUAGCUUACUCGAACAGAUGAAACAGUCUGGCUGUGUUCCUAAUGUGUGUACAUAUAAUUCAAUCAUUGCAAUGCUGGGGAAGAAAUCUCGGAUAGAAGAGACGAUGGAGGUAAUCUCUGACAUGAAGUUGAAUGGAUGUACCCCUAAUAGGAUUACUUGGAACACGGUACUUGCAAUGUGUGGGAAUAGUGGAAUGCAGAAAUAUGUGAACCGCGUUUUUCAUGAGAUGAAGAGAUGCGGGUUUGAACCCAACAGGGACACGUUUAAUGCUUUGAUUUGUGCAUAUGCGAGGUGUGGAUCAGACUUCGAUGCAGGUAAAAUGUAUGAUGAGAUGAUCAAAGCCGGGUUUACUCCAUGUGUCAAUACUUAUAAUGCAUUUCUAAAUGCCCUGGCUCAUAGGGGUGAUUGGAGAGCUGCUGAAUCUGUUAUGUUGGACAUGAAAAACAAAGGAUUCAAGCCCAGUGAAACCACUUAUUCUUUGAUGCUCCAUUGCUACUCAAAGGGAGGGAAUGCAAGAGGCGUAGAAAGGAUUGCAAAAGAAGUUUACGACGGGCAUAUUUAUCCUAGUUGGAUGCUUAUGAGAAACCUUGUUCUUUCAAAUGUUAAGUGUAAAUCGCUGCAAGGCACAGAGAGAGCUUUUCAGGAAUUACAGAAGAAUGGGUACAGACCUGAUUUGGUGGUGUUUAAUUCCAUGCUUUCCAUAUUUGCGAGGAAUGUGAUGUAUGAUCGGGCAAAUGAAAUAAUGCGAUUGAUUCGAGAGAAUGGCCUGCAGCCAGAUUUGUUAACCUAUAAUACCUUAAUGGAUAUGCAUGCAAGAGCUGGUGACUGUUGGAAAGCAGAAGAUAUCCUGAAUGGAGUGGAGGAAGAAAUCGGUGAAAAACCAGAUCGCGUGUCCUACAACACUGUCAUCAAAGGGUUUUGUAGACAAGGGCUUAUGCAGGAAGCUGUGAAACAUUUCUCCAACAUGACAGCAGCUGGGAUUCAACCUUGUAUCAUUACGUACAACACAUUCGUUGCUGGGUAUGCAUCACAAGGCAUGUUUUCACAAGUAAAUGAACUGAUCAGUUACAUGAUUCAGCACAACUGCAGACCGAAUGAGCUCACAUACAAAACUGUUGUAAAUGGUUACUGUAGAGCAAGAAGAUAUGAGGAUGCUAUUGAUUUUGUUUCUGCAAUUAGGGAAAAAGACACUUACUUUGAUGAACAAUCGCUGCAAAGACUUUCUGCUCUGGUAAGGGAUUGUAUGCAGUUCUGACUUUCUGAAACUCCCACAAAUACAACAUGCUCAAAUCCAGGUGCACCUGCUUUUUUUUUCUUUUUUUUUUAAAUGAAUGUAAUGUGUCUCUUAACAGUACAGGCUCAUUCAACUUGUAUGAGUUCAAACUUCCUUCAAGCUUUUUUGUUCAAAGCAUUCAAAUUGCUAUGUCUAAGAAAUAAAAGGUUCAGAAGAGUACUUGCAAA